GAAUUUUUUUUAAAUGUGCGCGCUUUUUAAUAAUAAGCAGCUUUGUUAUUCUUAAAUUCCGUUAGUUGGCGCUGUUUCCACAUUUUCAUUUAAGCGAUCAGCUGAGUGUACACAAACUGUCUAUACAUUCAACAAAAGUUGAUUGUUGUUACUGAAUAGUAAAUAAAUAAUGCUUUAAAUUCUUAAAUUAUAGAUAAAAUAUAAGAAUUUAAACAAUAAUGUAUCGAUUUUUAUAUUUGAUUGUAUUUUUAAUAACCAUUUUCAAUGUAAACUGUCAAAAUUUUGACGUUGACAUUAAUGGAUAUAUUCUUUAUUGUCCUUGUAUGGGCCGAUUUGGAAAUCAAGCGGAUCAUUUUCUCGGUGCACUGGGUUUUGCUAUAGCUUUGAAUCGUACCUUAGUAUUACCACCAUGGGUUGAAUAUAGAACAGGACAAACAAAAUCUAUACAAGUACCUUUUGAUACUUAUUUCAACGUUUCAAAACUACAAGAAUGUCACAAAACGAUGUUGAUGCAUGACUUUAUGGAUAAUUUGGCUCCAACGAUAUGGCCACUGAAGGAAAGAGUAUCAUUUUGUUAUUCUCAACGUGGCAAUAGUGAAUCUUGUAAUGCCAAGGAAGGUAAUCCAUUUGGUCCAUUUUGGGAUACCUAUAACAUAGAUUUUGUAAACUCCGAAUUUUAUGGUCCAUUACAUUACGAUGUGUAUCAUACUGAUAUGGUUUCUCAAUGGAAACAAAAGUAUCCAUCUAAAGUAUGGCCAAUACUAGCAUUUACAGGUGCACCUGCAAGCUUUCCUGUACAAUUUGAAAAUACAAAGUUACAUAAGUGUUUAGAAUGGAAUGAAUCGAUACAAGAAAAAGCAAAAUCAUUUGUGAAAAAUAAUUUACCUAAGGGAGCGUAUAUAGGAAUUCAUUUACGUAAUGGAAUUGAUUGGGUGCGUGCUUGUGAAUAUACAUCAAUGACUCCAAAUUUAUUCGCUGCAGCUCAAUGUUUAGGAUAUCGUAAUGAACGAGGUAAAGCAACGACUACGAUGUGUUUACCACCCUUCAAUGUUAUACUACGACAUAUUAAACGUAUUAUUCGAAACCAUAAUGAAGUUAAAUCGAUAUUUGUUGCUUCUGACAAUAAUUAUAUGAUCGAUGAACUUACCAAUUCUUUAGCACGCAUGCAGGUGCAAGUUUUUCGACAACCAGAUCCAGUUUCUCCUCACGUAGAUUUAGCUAUUUUAGGAAGAGCGAAUUACUUUAUUGGAAAUUGUAUAUCUUCAUUUUCAGCUUUCGUGGCAAGAGAAAGACAAGUUAAAGGUUAUCCAACAUAUUUUUGGGGCUUUCCACCAGAAAGAUCAUCGGCUACUAUCUCUCAUGAAGAAUUAUAAUAUAUAAUUUUAAAAUAACAUGAAAUAUUUAUUUUAAAAUUAUUACAAGGAAUAGUAAAAGUUUUUGAACUGUUUUAUACUCAUUUUUAUAAUAAAAAUUUGAUAAUAAUAAUUUGUAUACUAUUCGUCGUAUUUAUAAAACAAAGAAAUAUGAAAUAAUUAGAAUAUUUUAAUUAUUGUACUUCGUAAUAAGUUUUAUAAAGCGCGCCAUUGAAUUUGACGCAUGCGCGUACAUCCGACAUAUUUAUUGGAAAUUGUCACCAGAAAGAUCGUCAGAAAAAUCAUAAUUAUCAAGAAUAUAUAAUAUUUAUUUUAAUUUUUUAUACUUAAUAAGUA